AUGGACCAUAGCAAUGAAAAAUUUAAGGAUCGGAGGCGAGACGACCCCUUUCCUUCGCAAGGAGUCGUCGACAAAAUCAUCUGGCUUCUUGCGUUUCCACUAAGAUCGGCCUCGAAUGUCUUCCUCUACGCGCUCGGCGUACUACGCGGUCUAUCUCCCCAACUCAUUCCAAUCGCGAUCUGUGCGCUGUUUAUUCCCUUUCUGAUACUCACGUCGAUGGUUGCCGGGAUUCUCGUCUGGAAGAGUACUGCUGUUGGCUGGGAGAUGGCCGUAUAUCUGAACUACGGUGAUGGGGUUCCACCGUAUGCAGAAGUCCCUGUACCACUGAUGUCUCCUCGCCAAGCAUACGAUAUUUCCGUGCACUUGACUGUUCCAGGAACGGAAUCCAACUUCGCACUAGGGAACUUCAUGGCAACAUUAACCCUAGUAUCUCGGUCCAAUGAGACCCUAACAAGGGUUCGGAAGCCGGCUAUAAUCUUACCUCCUGCGCCAAGUUUGUUAUGGAAACGUUCUCAAUCCCAACUAAUUGAUAUUACAAUUCCGCUACUGGACGCAUACUCCGCUUCUUCCCGUGGGAUUGUUGCUCGCAUAGAAGUUGGGCGAAAGGACGAAUGGAGAAGCGUCGGUGCUGGGCAAGGCCGCGAAGUCAGCGUUAUUUCCCUUUCAUUGCGCGGCGCUCUGCGACACAAGGGACUGCGUGGUCUGUUCUCUCGAUUCCCACUGCUGACUGCUAUUGCCUCGACUAUAUUCUUCAUUUCCAUCUCUUCCAUGGUCCUCGCGGUGUGCCUUGUACCCGUGGUGACGGGAGGGACUCUACGUGGGCUCGCUUCCGUCGCCCAGGAAGGCCCGGACACAGGCGACAAGAAGCCCGCGCUGCCUGGCACGUCACAGGCACAGUCGGUACAUAGACGCUCGAGAAGUGGCGAAAGGAUCAGGAAACGCAAGUCGGUUUCUGUAGGACGCAGCCGCAGUGCAGUCUAUGGCCGUCAGCUUGAACUGGUAUUAUCGUGUUGUGUGAUUCGCAUCCGGCGCUGA